CUGGCACCCUGCAGGCUCUCAGCCACAGCCCGCCGCGGGCAUCAUGGGCACAGCCUCGUCGUUGGUGAGUCCCGCUGGCGGGGAGGUGAUCGAGGACACGUACGGGGCAGGCGGCGGCGAGGCCUGCGAGAUCCCGGUGGAAGUAAAGCCCAAGGCCCGCCUGCUGCGCAACUCGUUCCGCAGGGGUGCGGGAGCCGGGCCCGGGUCUCUGCCUCGCGCGGCGGGGGGCGGCGGGCUGCUGGGCGCCAGCUUCAAGUCCACGGGCUCGUCUGUGCCCGAACUGGAGUACGCGGCGGCCGAGUUCGAGCGACUCAAGAAAGAGUAUGAGAUCUUCCGGGUCAGCAAGAACCAGGAGUUGCUGUCCAUGGGCCGCCGAGAGGCCAAGCUGGACACCGAGAACAAGCGGCUGCGGGCGGAGCUGCAGGCACUUCAGAAAACUUACCAGAAGAUACUUCGGGAAAAAGAGGGUGCAUUAGAAGCAAAAUACCAAGCCAUGGAGAGAGCGGUCACGUUUGAACACGACAGAGACAGAGUUAAAAGGCAAUUCAAGAUUUUCAGGGAGACCAAAGAAAAUGAAAUCCAGGACUUACUGAGGGCCAAGCGAGAGCUGGAGGGCAAACUCCAGAGGCUGCAGGCUCAGGGCAUCCAAGUAUUCGACCCGGGGGAGUCCGACUCGGAUGACAACUGCACAGACGUCACUGCUGCUGGAACCCAAUGUGAAUACUGGACUGGCAGGGCCCUGGGCAGCGGGCAUUCCAUAGGCAGCAUGGUCCAGCUUCAGCAGUCCUUCAGAGGCCCUGAGUUUGCCCACAGCUCUAUAGACGUGGAAGGACCCUUCGCAAACAUCAACCGAGAUGACUGGGACACUGCUGUGGCUGGUUUACUACAGGCCACUCCUUUGUUCUCCCAUUCCCUGUGGAGUCACCCUGUCAGAUGUUACCUCAUCUACACAGACGAAACCCAGCCCGAAAUGGAACUGUUCCUUACGGACCAUUCACCUAAACUUAAAAGAAUGUGUGAGACAAUGGGAUAUUUCUUCCAUGCUGUUUAUUUUCCAAUAGAUGUUGAAAAUCAAUACAUCACUGUAAGAAAAUGGGAAAUUGAGAAGAGUUCUUUAGUUAUUUUAUUCCUUCACUCAACAUUACCAAGUUUUUUACUGGAAGACUGUGAAGAAGCCUUUCUGCAAAACCCAGAAGGAAAACCACGAUUAAUCUACCACCGUUUGGAGGACGGGAAAGCAACUUCCGACUCUGUCCAGCAGUUCCUGGAUCAAGUUUCUGAUCUAAACAAGACCUCCAAAGCCAAGGUCAUUGAACACUCUGGAGACCUUGCAGAGGGAGUGUGUAAGAUUUACAUGGGUGUGGAAAAGAUUAUUAAACAGGACAUCCUUGGCCUCGAGAACACAGACGUGGAGGUGAAGGAUGGGGGCAGUGAGGAUUCCACUCCAGAAGAAGAUGAUUUGGGGGAUGUUCUGUGGGACGUCCACGUUGAGCAAGAGCAGAUCGAAGCCUUUCGGCAGGCAUCUAACUCCGCCCAUGAACUGGGAUUUGAGAAGUAUUACCAGCGCUUGGAUGAUCUGGUGGUGGCGCCAGCCCCAAUCCCACCCCUCCUGGUUUCUGGAGGACCAGGAUCUGGAAAGUCUCUUCUUUUAUCAAAGUGGAUUCAGCUGCAGCAGAAGCAUUUCCCUAACAUGCUGAUCCUGUCUCAUUUUGUGGGGAGGCCGAUGUCGUCCAGCUCUGAGCCCUCCUUGAUUAUCAAGAGGCUGACCCUGAAGCUGACGCAGCACUUCUGGGCAGUCUCUGCGCUGACUCCGGAUCCUGCUAAGCUUCUGGAGGAGUUUCCGCAUUGGCUGGAGAAGCUCUCUGCUCGGCACCAGGGCAGCAUCAUCAUCAUCAUCGAUUCCAUAGACCAAGUUCAGCAAGUGGAGAAGCACAUGAAGUGGCUGAUAGACCCCCUGCCCGUGAAUGUCAGAGUCAUCGUUUCUGUCAACGUCGAGACCUGCCCCGCGGCGUGGAGGUUGUGGCCUACACUGCAUCUCGAUCCUUUAAGCCCCACAGACGCCAUAUCGAUCAUAACGGCAGAAUGCCUCUCUGCGGACAUGCCGUUGAGCACAGAGCAGGAGAAGAUGCUAGAACAGCACUGCCGUCCAGCCACGACCCGCCACGCCCUCUAUGUCACCCUUUUCAGCAAGAUGAUGGCCUGUGCCGGGAGAGCGGGCCACGUAGCUGAAACCCUUCAUCAGUGCCUGCAGUGUCAGGAUACAGUGUCACUGUACAGACUCGUUCUCCGCCACGUCCGGGAGUCCAUGCCAACUGACAGGGAUAAAGAGUGGAUGACACAGACUCUCUGCCUCAUCAACGUCAGUCACAAUGGCGUGAGUGAGUCAGAGCUCAUGGAGCUGUAUCCGGAGCUGUCCUGGGCCUCUUUGACCUCCAUCAUUCACAGUUUACACAGAAUGCAUCUGCUGACGUACAGCUGUGGCUUGCUCAGGUUCCAACAUCUACAGGCCUGGGAGACAGUGAGGCAGGAGUUCAUGGAGGACCCCGCCCUCGUUUCUUCAUAUCGGCAAAAGCUGAUUGACUAUUUUACCUCACAGCUCAGCCAGGACAGAGUGACCUGGAGAAUCGCAGGCGAGCUCCCGUGGCUCCUCCAGCAGCAGGGAAGCAGAGCGGAGCUGCACAGCUGCCUCCUCAACCUCUUCGUGUCGCAGAACCUUUACAAAAGAGGACACUUCGCAGAGUUGCUGAGUUACUGGCAGUUUGUGGGCAAAGACAAAGGUGCCAUGGCGACAGAGUACUUUGAGUCACUGAAGCAGUACGAGAACUGCGAAGGCGAGGAGAACAUGCUGUGCCUAGCAGACCUGUAUGAAACCCUCGGCCGCUUUCUGAAGGACCUAGGACUUCUCAGUCAGGCUGUGGUGCCUUUGCAGAGGUCCCUAGAAAUCCGGGAGACAGCCUUAGAUCCCGAUCACCCGGGAGUAGCCCAGUCCCUCCACCAGCUGGCCAGUGUGUACGUGCAGUGGAGGAAGUUCGGCGAUGCGGAGCAGCUGUAUAAACAGGCCUUGGAGAUCUCAGUAAACGCUUACGGUGCAGAUCAUCCGCACACCGCUCGGGAACUUGAAGCGCUCGCGACUUUGUACCACAAACAAAAUAAGUAUGAACAAGCUGAACAUUUUAGGAAAAAAUCGGUUCUAAUUCGUCAGCAAGCCACAAGGAGAAAAGGCAGCCUGUACGGGUCUGCCCUACUACGCAGGCGAGCCUUGCAGCUGGAAGAGCUCACCUUAGGCAAGGACAGACCUGAGAACGCCCGCACCCUCAAUGAACUGGGUGUCCUCUACUACCUUCAAAACAACCUCGAGACAGCAGAGCAGUUCCUGAAACGUUCCUUAGAAAUGAGGGAGCGGGUUCUGGGGCCGGAUCACCCCGACUGUGCACAGUCCCUGAAUAACUUGGCAGCUCUUUGCAAUGAAAAGAAGGAGUAUGAGAAAGCAGAGGAGCUGUACGAACGAGCCCUGGACAUCCGGAGACGAGCACUGGCUCCUGACCACCCUUCCCUGGCCUACACGGUGAAGCACCUUGCAAUCUUGUAUAAGAAAACAGGAAGAGUUGACAAAGCUGUACCUCUGUAUGAAUUGGCUGUUGAAAUUCGGCAGAAAUCCUUUGGCCCAAAGCACCCCAGCGUGGCUACUGCCUUGGUAAACCUUGCGGUCCUUCAUAGCCAAAUGAAAAAGCACAGUGAAGCCCUGCCGCUGUAUGAAAGAGCAUUAAAGAUUUAUGAAGACAGCUUGGGGCGGAUGCAUCCUCGAGUUGGAGAAACACUAAAAAAUUUAGCUGUGCUCAGCUAUGAAGAAGGGAAUUUUGAAAAGGCUGCUGAACUGUACAAAAGGGCAAUAGAAAUAAAAGAAGCAGAGACAUCACUUUUGGGUGGAAAAGCUCCUUCAAGGCAGUCAUCAAGUGGAGACACAAUUCUCUUUAAAACAACUCAUUCUCCUAACGUUUUCCUUCCCCAAGGACAAAGCUAACUAUCAAUUCAUUGUGAGAAUGCUUCAGGCUAAAACAGCUAAACUUCUGGAAUGUUCUAACUCAACGUUUUUAAAGAAAAUCGUUUUUCCAAACUUAGUGUUAUCUAACUGGCAUUUGUAGGAAGGUGU